AUGGAGGACUCGAGCCAUAACUAUGCGCCUGCUCACAGGCCAAAGCCCAUACCGGCGCAUCUCGUGAACGGCCACUCUCCACUCCACCCACAAGCAUCCACCGAACGGGACAGCCACCGCGAGAUUGCAAACAUAAAAUCUUCCAUGGGUCCUCGCAGACAACCCAUUGACAUGGACGAGCUCGAGAACCCUUCUGCGUAUUCCGUCUCUUCGCUGCCACGGGUCAACGGAGGCCAUGAGAUCAAGUCCAGUGCCUCCAAACAGUACGAUGAGGUAGACGACCACGACAUGGAGGACUUGGACCUGAAAGUAGCCCGAGCCGACAUUGACGAGCCGAUCACACCUCCUAUGACCAGCCGCUCCGGCUCGCCUUUCACCACUGGCUCGACCGUAGAUAUGGACGGACUGUCUUGGCCGAGCGUCGGCACUCUAGGAAGAUUGCAGGAGCGUGAAAGUCCAGAAGAGGCGCAAAAGAGAUUAGACAAGCUGUCUGGCGCAGUGCGGACCAUGCUAGAGUGCAUUGGAGAAGAUCCAGACAGAGAAGGCCUCCACGGGACACCAGAGCGAUAUGCAAAGGCGAUGAUGUUCUUCACAAAGGGGUACGAAGAGAAUCUGAGGGACAUCGUGAACGGCGCUGUGUUCAACGAGGACCAUGAUGAGCUCGUUAUCGUCAAAGAUAUCGAGGUCUUCAGUCUUUGCGAGCACCAUCUUGUACCGUUCACCGGCAAGAUGCACAUUGGGUACAUCCCCAGCAGAAGAGUGAUCGGCUUGUCCAAGCUUGCUCGUAUUGCCGAAAUGUUCAGCCGUAGGCUGCAAGUCCAGGAAAGGUUAACAAAACAGGUCGCCACUGCUAUAUCUGAGGUCCUGAAGCCACAAGGUGUCGCAGUCGUGAUGGAAGCCACCCACAUGUGCAUGGUCUCACGAGGCGUGCAAAAGUCUGGAGCAGUGACCACUACAAGCUGUAUGCUCGGGGCGAUGCGAUCACGGGCAAAGACAAGGGAGGAAUUCUUGAGCUUGCUCAACCGACGAUAG